UAAGUGAAGUCCAGCAGCAGCUGAAGGAUGAACAGCAGAGCAGAGAGGAAGCUGAGAAGACUGUGCAGACUCUGAUGAAUGAAUUGGAGAAUAAGAACAAAGAGCUACAAGAGUCCCAGUGUCAGUUUGAGUCUCUCAAAGAGCAAACCAGAAGACAAACAGUUGAGUGAACUGAAAGAAAGACACAAGGAGGAGCUGCAGAAAACCAAAGAAGAAGCUGAGGAGGCCAUGAAAGAAUGUGACAUUGCUGGAGAUGAACAUUUGGUGCCAACAAAGCCAGGCCAAGCAGUGGACAAUGUCUAAAGUACUGAUACAAAUAAUGAUGUCAUGGGCCAAAAAGGUUCCCCUGAAUUUUAUUUAACCCUUUAAUGCCUAGUGCAUCAUAUUUCAUGCAUACAGUUUUUUUUUCAGUUUUUGGGACUUCAACAUCAUCAAUAUGAAUUUCCCCCCCUGAAAAACAUAAAUAAAUGGUACAAUACAUUUUUAUGCAAUUAAAAAAAACAACAUAUAAGCAAAUAUGAUACAAAUGUCAUGGAAAAUGAAAUGUGAAUUAUUUAAACAAUUACAAGAAAAUUAACAAAAGGAGGUUAAAUAAACACUAUUUACAAAAAAGUAGUGUUAGCUUGGUGUCCUCUCUACAGGAAAGGGCAGAGAAGGCAAGGACACCAGAAACAAAAUUGCAGACCUGCACCAGGCUGGGAAGACUGAAUCUGCAAUAGAUAAGCAGCUUGGUUUGAAGAAACUGUGCUCGACUGUUUCUGUACAGUCUGAGGUUACUGGGGGAGGAACUUUGUUUCCUAAUGUUUGUGUAUAACAGCAAAGGGGCUUAAGACAUGAUGGUUGUUAAAAACAUGCAAAAAGAAAGACAAAAUGAAAAAAUAAAAAUAACAUAAACAAAAGACGUGUUAUUGCAUGUAGUGCUGUCUCACUUGUUUCCUGCUUUUUCUUCAGCUGCAGUGCUCUGACAUUUCUUGGUCACCUGAGUAAAACAGACUUCUGAGGAAACCACACCUCCUGUUACUGCAGGUGAGUGUUUCCUUUAACCAGUGCUGAAGGACAAAUGCUGCACAGCCUCACUCACUGCAAGGAAGCAGAUGCAUCAGUUUCAUUUAUGAGAACAAAAUGAGCCUAAAAAAGUGGUUUGGAUUCCCGGUCAGCCCAGAGAAUUUGACUUCUUCUCCGGUCAUCUGCAUCGGUGUUGUCGGUACUGUUGUCUCGGGAGCCGUUCUUCUUAUUAAAUACAAGAAGUCACAAGCUGAACUCAAGAGCAAUGAUGAGGAGACUGAGGUGCUCAAGACUCAGACAGCCGAGCAGUUGCAGAAGACACAAGCUGAACUCAAGAGCAAGGAUGAGAAGAUUGAGGAGCUCAAGAAUGAGUUGGAGGAAAAUGUAGACAGGGUACAGUCACUCUCUUUGAAGAAUGAAUCGUUGGAGAAAGACCUGCAGACCCUGAAGACAGAGCUUGAGGACAGCCAGUCAGAGUUAAAAGACAAAACUAAUGAAGUCAUGAAGCUCCGUACUGAGAAAAACAGGAGCACAGAAAAUGAGAAGGAACUGCAAACCAUGAAGCUGAGGAUUGAGGACAAGAAUAAAGAGAUGCCUAUCAAUGAGUCUCCGAGUAAAGCUAUAAAAGCUGAUGUCCUGAUGUUGCAUGAUGAGAAUGAACAGAAUGAACUCCUGCAGAUAGUCGAGCAGUUGCAGAAGACAGAGGCUGAACUCAAGAGGAAGGAUGAGGAGAUUGAGGAACUCAAGACUCAGCUGGAGAAACUUCAGUGGCUGAGAAAUGACACGCUUAAAGGGAUGGAUGAGUCACAAAGGAAGUUCACCAAGCUUACCCUUGCUAUCAAGAGGAUGGAGAAAUUGGAGGAAAUUGUAGGUUUACACAGGAUACAAUCACUCUGUUUGAAGAAUGAGUCGCUGGAGAAAGACCUGCAGACCCUGAAGACAGAGCUCGAGGCCAGCAAAUCAGAGGUUUGAAUUUUACUCCAAAUAUAAACAUGUUUGAAAACAUAUUUGCUGCAGUUUCUCUCUGGAAAUGACUGUCUCUAUUUAAUGUCUUUUUUAAAGGUCAUUACGGAUGUUUACAUUAAUUACAUAAACUGAAAUAAUCAGGUUAAAUAUUUAAUAUUUGUUUUGUUCUGUUAAAUGAGUCAAUUUUCAUUGUUUCUCUCCUUCCC